GUGUUUUGGAAUUUAUAGUUUGGAAUUUAAGAUGUUUUAACUAUUAAUAUAGGUAAUUAUAAACCUUUUUAGGGGGGUGUUCGUUACCUGUACUUUUGUCCCUAUCCCCUGCAAAAUGUUCUGUAUUCAGAAAGUUGUGGGGGUAUUACAGCACAUUUUGGGAUGCAAACCGCUGCAUGUAAAUACGAGUCAAAGUGAACAAUUGUGUACACUGGAUGUACUUUCUUUUAUGGCAGAGCGAGUCCUAUAAAAACUUUCCAAACUGGGGCUUGUGGAUUAUUCCGAGUAAGCGAAGCGUUGUUUUUGGACCGCAGUGAGGCUAUUAUGCCUUUCAAAAUGUGAGGUGCAAGACUAAAACGUUCUUACAAUGAAACUGCGUGAAGCAUUUUCAUGCUACAUUAACGUGUAUACUGUGUGUGUGUGUGUGUGUGUGUGUGUUUCUGUACAAGUGUAACAGUUUACUUUUUCAGCAGGUAUGAGUUGACCCGCUCCGGCUUCUCUGAAAGUGACAAGCAGUUGUGUUUGACAGCGUGUACCUGUGAUAACAAUGACAGCCGAGCAGGGAUUCGCCUUUACUUCUUUCUACUGUGUCUAUUUUUGCCUUUUGUCCUGCUGUUUCAGUAUAUUCCUCUUUGUACUUCAGUGGAAGACAUUUGUAUAUUCAGAUCUCUCUCCAUCGGCCUGUGUGCGUGUGUGUGUUUGAUUCGCAUGCUGAAGCAGGCCCAAAACAACACGACAUUCUUUGGCUGAGCUGUAUUUACCACAGCUCUACCACAGAGACUUAAGCCCCGCCUACUCGUGAAAUCACUGAAGGGAAUAAGAAAGAAACAAGAGAGGGCAGCUCUCGUAUAACUUUUUCCGGCGGGUCACUGAGGCACAGCGGGAGUCCAAAAAGACAGAAAAGACUGUGGCCAGGCUCUUCCCAACCUGGUUCCUGGGAGGCCAUCAGCAACAUCCGCCUCACCUCCCUGCAUCCCAACCAGGGAGAAGCCACCAACUGCAACUUGAGGGCCUGAAUGGCACCGGCCCUUUUUACAUUCGCCCGCGGCUCCUGACCACAACCAAGACGUCGAGAAAAGCCCGCUAAAAACCACCAAACUUACAUCGGCAGCUUUUCGUGUUACCAUGGCAACCAACAGGGAGCAUCAACUGCGUCAUAUGGCCGGCUUCCCUCGCACCAUGUACCCUUUCCCCUUCAAUGCCAUGAGGAGCCACUCCCCCUUUGACCUGUUGGCCAGCAGCAACCUUUUUGGUCGCUUUGGGGCAGACCUUCCCAAAGAGAUGGCGGCAUUGUCCGUGGAGACCCAGAGCACCAGCUCAGAGGAGAUGGUGCCCAGCUCGCCUUCUCCUCCGCCGCCGCCUCGCGUCUACAAGCCCUGCUUCGUGUGCCAGGACAAGUCGUCUGGAUACCACUAUGGUGUCAGCUCCUGCGAGGGCUGCAAGGGUUUCUUCCGGCGCAGCAUCCAAAAGAACAUGGUGUACACGUGCCACCGAGACAAGAACUGCCAGAUCAACAAAGUGACCCGCAACCGCUGUCAGUACUGUCGGUUGCAAAAGUGCUUCGAGGUGGGCAUGUCCAAAGAAGCAGUGCGUAACGACAGGAACAAGAAGAAGAAGGACGUGAAAGAGGAGGCGGUGCUGCCCGAGAACUACGAGCUGAGCGGCGAGCUGGAGGAGCUCGUCAACAAAGUCAGCAAAGCUCACCAGGAGACAUUUCCAUCACUGUGCCAGCUGGGCAAAUACACCACAAACUCAAGCUCUGACCACAGAGUCCAGCUCGAUUUGGGCCUGUGGGACAAGUUCAGCGAGCUGUCCACGAAGUGCAUCAUCAAGAUUGUGGAGUUUGCCAAGCGACUACCUGGCUUCACUACGCUAACCAUCGCCGACCAGAUCACCCUCCUCAAAUCUGCAUGUCUGGAUAUCCUGAUGCUGAGGAUAUGCACGCGCUACACCCCCGAGCAAGACACCAUGACCUUCUCCGAUGGCCUGACCCUCAACAGAACCCAGAUGCAUAACGCCGGCUUCGGCCCGCUCACAGACCUGGUGUUCGCCUUCGCCGGGCAGCUCCUGCCUUUGGAAAUGGACGACACUGAGACGGGCCUCCUCAGUGCCAUCUGCCUCAUUUGCGGAGACCGCAUGGACCUGGAGGAACCCGAGAAGGUGGACAAGCUGCAGGAGCCGCUGCUGGAGGCACUGAAGAUUUACACACGCCGCCGACGCCCAAACAAGCCUCACAUGUUUCCUCGCAUGCUGAUGAAAGUCACCGACCUGCGGGGAAUCAGCACCAAAGGUGCAGAGAGAGCCAUCACACUAAAGAUGGAGAUCCCCGGCCCCAUGCCACCGCUGAUCAGGGAGAUGCUGGAAAACCCGGACGCCUUCGAGGACAGCAGCGACUCGGCGGAAAGUCCCGUCCCCGCUGCCGCCGCACUUCCUCCGCCGCCACCCGCCGUUCAGGCCAUCAAGCAGGAGGAGAAGUCCACGUACGAGUCGGCGGUGGAGGAGGAAGAGGAGGACGAGGACGAGGACUACUGGGACGAGGACAGGGAGCGGCUGGCGGACAGUGACGCCGAGCCUUGGGGGGAGGUGGCGGCGGGGGGGUCCAGCACACACAAGAAAAGCGGGACAACGCAAUAGGACGCUUCCUCAUCCUCACACCAUCAGGCUCUUAUAAAAGAAUUGCAAAGUUUACAGGGAGUGAGGCACGAAGCAAAAGCACUCAACAAGCGACUCAUUGUGGUCCCUAGUGACAGGAGGGAGGCGGGGGGGACACGAGGAAUGUCCCCCUCUUCAGGAAAAGGGCUACGCUUGUAUAGAAAACAUACUUUUUUUUUUGUUCCAAAAAAUGCUACUUAUACUUUCUUAUUGUAUGAUGUAUUGUCUCAGCUCUUUGUCCAUUUUCUUUACAGUGUGUGUGUGUGUGUGUCUUUUUUUUUUUAUGCGCUAAAGUGACGCAUCGUGAGAGCAGGACUCCAACUUCCAAUGGUCUUCCAAGUGGUCAACAGCUCCUCAUAACAAGCAAUUGUGACUUUUAUGACAUGAACAGGGAUGGGAAUCGAGAACCGCUUCCCAGUAAUUCGAUUCGUUUGUUUGCUUGCCUUACGAUUCCGCUUAUCGAAUUCUCCAACAGCGCGAACAGGUGAUGAUGUCACACGCAAGAAGUAUAUAUUUUUGGGGAACUUUUCCACCAUGGCGUCAAGGACAAAAGCACUGUAAAGUUUGCCUAUAUUUCACGCUAAAAUAUGAUACUGAGAGCUACUCGCAUUGACCCAUCACUUCACCCUUAGACCCUUCACCACAGCUAGAUUUGUGGUGAAGGGUUUACAUCCUUUUGUCAGAGUCGAUGCAUCUGAAUUUUGGUAGGUUAAUUCGUUGCAUAUUUUCUGUUAUCUGCUCAGGUGAAAAUUGCAUGUUGUUUAAACGAGUGUAAAAAAAUGGAGACCCACCCAUUGAAGAUAUUAAAGAGUUAAAGGAAACAAACCAAUGUGUAUUAUUUAAUUCCCUCACCCAAUGAGAACCGAUAGCAGAAUAGAUAAAAGGAAUCGGAUCGAUAAGCAGUAUCGAUAAAGAAACGGAAUCGCAAAAUUCUUAGCAAUUCCCAUCCCUAGACAUGAAUAUCAUCCAAAUGUGACUCUAAAACAAACACAAUUAUCCCCAACUCAAAGACGAAACCGCUUAAGUGAUGUCAGUAUGGAAAACCAUUGGGCAUUUAUUCAAUCUCCUUAAUAUCCAUCUUAAGGACCGUGUACUAGUAAGGUCUAUGUCCUCACUAUUAGGGCAAUUUUGGCUUGAGCUGGACUAUUAAGGAUAUCGAACAAACAGCUUUCCAUCAUGUCAGUACUCAGUAUUGUGGAACAUAAAACACAAAUUCCGCCUUGCAUCAUGAAGAGGACACAGUGAAGCCACAAAGACGCCCCAUCAGUCAUGAACUUUUUACAUCACAGCAAUCCUCAGGUGUGUUUUUUUUCUUACUGUAUAAUUUUUUUAAUUAAUUAUAUAGUGUGACUUUAACCCGGCAAACAUCUACAGUCAACCUCCAUUCAUUUUAAAAGGUCCUUCAUCGUUUUACAGCUAACAAACACACAUACAACACAGUGGUCAUUUUUCUCAUGCCAAAUAUUAAUUUCUGAUCACAUCAUCUUCUCAGCUGUUAUAUGACGCUCACAUGCUGAGCCUGAAUGUACAGAAGAUCAUCUAAGUAUUAAUUAUUAUCUUAGGAGGCUUAAGAAUGUUAAGUCACUCUGAAUGUCACCGGAACAAAAUCAGUCAAACGUUUUUGCGCUGUUAAAUGUCAUCCAGUUCUACACAGUAUUUUGUUUUUAGAACUGAAUUGAUCUCCAGCACCAGGAUCUUACAGGGGGCAAUAAAGUCUCCUGUUUCUUUUGCCUUUUUCCUGAACUUGAGCCAGUGCAAUAAAACAAAGGCGCAUGCAAGGUUGAUUGGGCACACCAGUGUGCAAAAAAAAAAAAAACUUUUAAAGUACAAUUUCAGACAAAUCAAAAAACUUUGGCUCAUUAAAAUUGCAUCGCCUGGAUGGUUUUGACAUUUUUGUUUGUAUUAUGUAAGAAUAUUUAAUGAUGAUUUUUGAAGCUCAAACCAUCUCAUUGUGUCUCUUUUAGUAAUGAUAAACCUUCGUCAUUUCCACAUGGAGAGAUUUGAACAUCUCACGAAUGGGCUCAUCUCUUGUUUUCUUUCUGUUUGUAUUAAAUCUGUCCAUGUAGUUUCAUUAUUUGGUUUGCUUGUUAUUUUGGAUGGAUUUUGAUAAAAGGCGCUUUGUGUUUUCACACCUGUCGGCGUGCGGCUGAAUUUAUUUUUGUCAUCACUUUCAAAUACUUAAUGAGCAUGUGAACCAUAAAAACGUCAUCUGAUAAGACAAACAAAAAUUCAAAUAUUCACAUUUACCAGAAACUCUUAAUGCAUUUCAAUUCAUUACUGUGACUUAAAAGCAGGCAUUCCAAAUAUGCUACCAUCAUACAGAAUAAGUGGCAUGAUAAACCCACUCAGUAUAAAAUGUCCGACUUGAAUCCUGACAAUGAAAUGUGAGCCAAAUAUGAAAGCGUCAAGUGGCCUCAAUGACUUAAGUUACACACGAGAGCCAUGCAAACCUUUCGGUCACACACUUUUACAUGAUUGUAAAUAAAAAAAUUUAACACAUGCUCAUACAAAUCUACUCAAUCAAACGUAUAAUCUCCUCUAUAGUACUCGUUUUCAUUUUAAUCUCCUUAACAGCUGAAAAAAAAACACACACACACCUGUUAAACAUUAAUUCCUUAAGCAUAUUAUUGCCCUAAGGCUGAUUAUACAUGAGUGUGUUGUGAUGCAUGCCACGGGGAAUUAUCCCAAUUUAUUUAAUAGGUCAGAAAAUAUUACUCAUACUACAAAUAAUGUUCAUCUAUCUAUCCAUGCUUGCGACAUAUAGUGACAGGCAGAACAAUGAAUUGCUCUUCCACUAGAUGGCAGAUGGUACAAUUAACUUGUCUAUGCACCUGUUGCCAUUCAUAAAUAAAACAAUUAUUAUUGUUCUUUUAUUGUUCAUAAGUUUCGAUAUUUGAAUUAUAAAAACACAUUUGGUGUAUCUCUCUAGAUACAAUUUGUAAUUUUGUUAAAUGUGCAUUACCGCCACCUACCGGCCAAAGAUGUUCUCCAGGUCAGAUGUUAAUCAGGCUAUGGCAAGUGGAUUCAACAUUUAAUAGCUGAGUUUGACUAUAUGGAGAAUCAACAUUGUAGAUGUCAACAACGUCCGUAAUUACAUUUUGAAUAGUUUCAUUUUCCAUUCAAGAUAUCUGUAACAGAUUUGUGACCAGUCAAAAUGAAAGCUCGAGAGUUCGAGACCUACUUCAUUACAGAUAUCUGCAAGGUCAUUUUGCCUAGAACAAAUGACGUUACUGGGGGUCCUCAUUCCAGAUAUCCACAAUCAGAGAUCCACUCGCAGAUAUCUGGAACUCCAGUUUGAGGUAUCUACAAAGCCAUUUCGACAAGUCAUAAUUCCAGUUACAGAUAUCUACAACAUCAUUCUGCUUAGUUGAAACCUGCUGUAAGAUUUCGAAAAGACGAUAUGUUCAAUCAUGAAUUGAGGUGAAUUCGGUAUAUCUUGAACUGGAAUUAUGACUAGUCAGAAUCAAACUGUAGUUAUCGCAAAACUUGAGUCAGAGAUAUCUGUAAUUCCAUGGCAGAUAUCAUUAAUCCACGUCGCGGAUAUCUGUAGUUGAAUUGUCAAUAUCUGUAAUGAGAAACCCCAUACACAUAAAUGGCAGAAGUGAUGUCAUUCGUCCGAGGCGAAAUGUCAUUGCAGAUAUCUGAAAUGCUAAUUGCAGAUAGGAAGAAUGGAGUUACGGAUAUCUCAAAUGGCUCGGUAAAACUGAAUUAUAGAUAACUGCAACACAUAUCCAGUAUAGUUGUUGAUUGUUAAGAAGGCUUGCAAUAUCAGCCACUCUACUAUACAGCUUGUUUUCAGUUACGUCGUCGGUAGGCAUUAUUCAUAUAUUUUUGCUUUUUCCUUCAUGUGCUGAUGUUUAUUGGCAAGGUUGUCAUUGUGUGCUCAUUGGAAGCUAGUUUCUGUAUUUCUGUGUAGAAUACUGUGCCUGUUAGUCCCGCUAUUUUUUUAGGUUAAUAUAGUGCACUUGUUUGAUGGUUUAGAUCUGUAAGAAUAUAAUAGUUAUGGCUGGAAUCGUACUGUAUUUUUGGUUUUACCUUUGAUUCAUCAAUAAACCUGGAAAAUAAGUCUGGAUUGGUGCCUAUCUUGUUUAAGUGUUUAUCUGCUUGUCAACAUAUUCACAGCUGGCAUUAAGGGCAAUCGCCAACAAUUAUCAAUUAUCGUUAUUUCAGUAUAAAUAUUUUUGUGACAUUUUUUUGGAGUGGUUUGUCCUGAGAU